AUGGGUGUCAAGGGUCUGUGGAAUCUUCUUGAGCCCACAGGGAGGCGGGUCGACAUAACUGCACUGGCCGGUCAGCGAGUCGCAGUUGAUGCUUCCAUCUGGCUCGUGCAAUUCAUUAAAGCCAUGCGCGAUGAGCGCGGAGACAUGAUUCAUAACGCUCAUCUUCUCGGCUCUCUAUUCAGUUUCUUCCGGCGCAUUUGUCGCAUGCUGUACCAUGGAAUCUCUCCGGUCUUCGUUUUCGAUGGUGCCACUCCAACACUGAAGCGUCAUACUGUUGCAUCUCGCCGUCAGUUUCAUGUUGACAAAGCUUUACAAAUGAGGCGUACCGUCGAAAAGCUCCUUCUGAGUUCAGUAAAGGCAACUUUACUGCAUGAUGAGGUAGUCAGCAAAAGUGUGCAUGACAUGGGGCAGGGUUUAAGACUCGACCGUCAUCUGAAGCACGUUCAUGUAAGUCAGCCUGGAGUUGAUGACGAUGAAACUGCGCAGCCGGAUGGUAUUGCAUAUCAUCUUGAACCGCACUCACGAAGAGCUGACGGUGAACGUUUUUACAACAGGAAUCCGUCGGCAAAUCCCAAACAGGGCUUAUGUGAAAACGUCGAAACGGAGAUCCCAGUAUUAGAUGCUAUCGAUCCGGAGAUGCUCGCGAAAUUGCCCGCUUCCAUGCAGUUUGAUCUAAUGUUGAAGAUUCGAGAGCAACGCGGAUUGGAAAAUCGUAGGAACUUAAAGAAAUUGUGUGCGAAUACAGCAGACUUUUCAGAGCUACAAUUAAGUACAUAUCUUAAGUCAAGUUGCCUAAAGGAGAAAAUUGAAGUUGCCAGGAAAGGUUUUCACGCAAGAAGCUCAUGUUGGCAUGAAGCAGGCGGUUCUGACCUCGCAGUAAGAGCGUCGAGUCAAGUUGCAAACAUUUACAAUGAUGAUUUCAAGGCUAGCCCGCGUGUCACUUCCUCCCGGCACUGCGCGUUCCUACUCUCCAAACCAAAAUCUAGCGUGAUGAAGGACGGGGUCUCUCAUUGUUCGAGUACCCAAGAUCUCACAAGGCCGUCGCAAGGCACACCAAUCUCUCUGCAGCACAGUUUGCGAAGUGUCCAUCACAAAGGCAGUCAGUUUUGUUUAAAGGGACCACCUGUCACGAUGAAAACCCCUCCCAAUGCAAAGCUCGUCACAAACAUAUCGCAUGCAUCGCGCACUGCAAACACGACGCGUAAUACUACUGAUGAGCAAGAGAUGCUCUUGAAACAGGAUGAUCAUGAAGGAAUCGUUGCCCCAGAUCUGACAGUUACAUUCAAGGCUGAGAAUGCAGCAGCUGAAGGGAUCGAUCCGAUCUUUGCGAAAGAAAGUCACGAUCCCUUACCCAUCACAUGGAACUCAAUAUCAAAUGGAAAUCUUGAUGACGUAGGCGUUUGGAAAAGCAUGGAAGUCAACAAUGCAAUCGGUCACAUUGACCAUAAACAAAAGAGAAACAUCCAGGUGUUUGAGGAAACGACUUCGAGAAAUGAGGAAGCCACCACUGAUUUUUCUUGCACAGACAUGAGAGAAUUUCAAGACAAAAUAAAUCGCAAUUCCGACACGUUUCUCUAUGCCGGUGCUGCGCAUGAACAGGAUCGUGAAGCUGACGAUGUCAGCCGACAUACUGGACACAAUCACACCUCCAAAAAAGAAACAGCGUGGUCUCCACCAAUGCGGGAAUGUAGCACUUCAGACCAACCAACCAAUUUUGCAGCACAAGAGCAAGCAAAUCUUGAGAACGAUCGUCGUGAAUCUGACUUGAAGUGUCCACCACACGAAGUACCACACAAAGUUCAUAGGCGACAAGAUGAUAUCACGAACACAUCAGUAACCAUCAAUGCAGAAAAUGCUUUCAAUUCAGAACAAAUGAGUGAAAGUGCAGAAACUGGUUUGCUUUCGGUGACUUUCAAACAUGUGAUGCCCUCUCCCGACCUCGUCGAGGAUGAUGCUGUAUCUGUGUUUCUUCACUUUCCCAAUUGUGUCAAGCCCAUCACUUUCAGGUCAUUGUAUCUUUUUGAAACUCGAGCACACUGCGCACUCGAGAAAUGUCCUAGUAAUCCUUCUCUGGAUUGCACCUUAGGAAAAGAAUGCAUAACAUUGGAGUGCCGUUCUUUCCAUGUUGACGUUCGUCCCUCCACCAAGAAUCGUUUACCAGUUAUCCUCCUUGCCCUCAAGAGGAUGUUUUGUACAAUGUUGUCACGAGAAGGUGAGAUGCCAAACAGCAAUAUAAACCCUUGCUUUCACUUUGCAGUGGACGCCAUGUCAGAUGUCAAAUCUGAAAAUCAUCGCCAAAAACUUGAAACGAUGCUGGAUGAAGCACGAAAAGAGCAUGCACUCCUGCAGAGUGAAGGGAAAAAUGCCGCACGGGGAGCAGACACGCCCACAGAAGAAAUGUACCAUCAAAUCCAGGAUCUUUUGACCCUGUUUGGAGUUCCCUAUGUAAUUGCUCCACAAGAGGCAGAAGCACAAUGUGCGUGGAUGAAUUCAGAAGGUCUUGUAGAUGCUGUCAUAACGGAAGACAGCGAUGCAUUUUUGUUCGGCGCGAGUACUGUAUAUCGCAAUGUGUUCAACACCAAAAAAUACGUGGAAGUAUACUCUGUAGAAAAUAUACAGCGGGAUAUAGGUCUUAAACGGGCACAGAUGGCUGAACUCGCACUGUUGCUCGGAUCCGAUUACACAGAAGGUAUACCUGGGGUGGGUAUUGUUAAUGCUCUUGAAAUUGCAUCUGUAUUCUCCGGAAUGGAUGGCCUAACGACAUUUCGAAACUGGGUGGAAAAUGGUGAUCUUCCUGAUCAAGUUAAUCGUGGGAAUCGAUGUUUGGCAGGGUCAAGUUUGCCAAAAAAACAUGUCGUGGCAAAAGAUGGCGAAGGCGGCCAUUUAGUGUCGGACAAGGAAAAAAACAUCGAUUUGAAGGAAGGUGAAGUUGCAAAUAUCUACCUCCAACGAGAAAUCUUCAAGCAAAAGCACCAAGCCGCGAGAACAAGAUGGAUUUUACCAAAUGACUUUCCUUCAGUUGCGGUGAUCGAAGCGUAUGCAAAGCCUUUAGUUGACUCCUCGAAGGUGCACCUUGAAUGGGGCAAGCCUAACUUUGAGCUCCUUCGCGUCUUUUGUCUCGAAAGCUUCAACUGGGGAAUCGGUAAAACUGACGAGCUCCUAGAACCUGUCAUCCAAACCUGGGAACGGGCAGAGCGGCAGACUGUUAUAAAAGACUUUUUCUCAGUCUCCACAGAGCAGAUAAAUUUCGCUGUUCCGGUCGCGAGGUUUCGUUCAGCGCGCAUCCAAAACGCUAUAACCGGUCUAAAAUUUACAUCCAUGGACUAAGCCAGCUUAUUUGAUCGCGAGACAGUAAAUAUGGAGGUACCAAACUUAGAAUAAGUGACACUUCAAAUAAUGAACACAUACCCACGGAUUUAAGAAAGUAAUAUAAUGGCGAAUAAAACGCACGCAGUUGCCGUAACUAACAUAUAUAUAAUAAUACUACAUAUAUAUCCCA